AAGUAUGGAAACGGUCUGUUUCAAACGGACUUUUCUUGGGAGGAGAGAUGACUGUCCGAAAUAUGAGACCACAGACAACGAUGAAAAUAUACAUGUUUCUCACCGCCUCCAUUGCCUGGGCCCUGCAUGACGUGCAGCCACAUAAGUACUCGCAUCGAGAUCCGGUCACCUUCGAGCUGCACCUGUGCGACCAGUGCCCGCCCGGCACGGCGGUCAGCCGCCACUGCGAUGGCCAGCGGCGCACCGAGUGCAGCCCGUGCCCGGAGCGGCACUUUGCGGAGCAGUGGCACUGGGGCGAGAGCUGCCAGUACUGCACGGCCGUCUGCAAGGAGAAGCAGCUGGUGCGGCAGGAGUGCAACGCCACCCACGACCAGGUGUGCGAGUGCGUGCCAGGCUACCACCUGGUGGUGGAGUUCUGCGUUCGCCACACGCCGUGCCUGCCUGGAAGUGGUGUCACGGCCCUAGGGAUGCCAGAGAGUGACACGGUGUGCGAGGCGUGUCCAGAUGGCUAUUAUUCUAGCGUAUCGUCGGCCACAGAGCCCUGCGUCCCCCACCGCAACUGUAGCCAGCUCGGCUACAAGACCCUCCGACACGGAACCAGCACGCAGGACGUGGUGUGUGAUAACGAAGCUUUAGUCCCCACCGAGUGCAACACCCUGGACAUGCAGUGCCACACAGACACCCUGCUCUGCGAGGAGGCGAUCUUCCAGUUCCUGGCAUCCCCGCGCCUGGCCUCCAUCCCGCUGGAGCGCCUGCUGGAGAGCCUGCCGGGCCGGCGUGUGGACUGGAAGAGCGUGGAGCGUCUGAAGAAGGCCUGCAGCCCACAGCAGCAGCUCCUGCAGCUCCUGCGCCUGUGGAGGGAGCAGAACAAGGACCAGGACAAGCUCUUCAGCAUCAUCCAAGGAGUGAAUGUGUGUGAGAGGAAGGUGCUGCGCUGUGCUGGCCUGAAGAACCUGACGCUGGGCGACCUGCUGGCGGUGACGCAGAGCCUUCCGGGCGUGCGCGUGAGCGACGAGGAUGUGCGCACGUUGGUGGUCUCCUGCCCCUCGCAGCAGCACAUCCUGCAGCUGCUGCACCUGUGGAAGAGCCGCAACAGCGAGCGUGACGUGGGCAAAGCCCUGGCCCAGAGUCUACGCCGGCUCCGGGGCCGCGGUCACGCCGUCUCCAAGCGUCUCCUCAAGAGCCUCAAGCGCAUCGCCCGCAUCAUCGGGGCCUCCACCAUGUACCGACUUUACGAGAAGAUGUUCUUCAACAUGAUUCAGGACAGCUCGUGCUUUAAAUCCAAAGCCUAUAACGACUAGCCAGACCAGUGUUCCACCAGCAGAAUUAUUUAAAGAAGUUGUAUAUAGUUAAAUGACAAGGGAAAGGAAGGGAGGGUUUGUAUUUAGAGUGGGGCUGGGGCUUUGAUGUGAGGACGGAAAAGACGGGGCUUGGUCCUCUUCUUUUUAACGAUUGAUCUUUUGGUUUGGACUGCUCAGCUCAUACAAAAAUAACUUAACAGAAUUUUGUUAAAUGCAAAACAGACAUUAGUUGACAUGAAUGUACAGUAAAGUGGAGUGCAAUUUUUUUGUUUAUUUAAGUGUUUAUUUUUUUAACCGAAAAGUUCUAGAGGCUUAUGUGUGUGGAUUUGUCUGGAGGCUGGACUGUGAAUGCUGCAUGUCACACAUCAUCUUGUGUGCUUUUCAACCUGUUUUUUAUCUGUUUAUUGUGUAACGGUACUUGAGUUUUUAAUGUGAGGUGAUUUAAAUUAAUUUGUAUAAUUUGUACUAUUUUUCACAGAAUUAGAGGUUUAUGCCAUAUGAUGUGUGUGGCAGUCUGAAUGUAUACAGUGUAUGGUGACACCAUUUGAAGACAUGAAAUCAAUAUUAAUAUCAAUAUCCUCUCUCAAAAAUUAUACUGUUUUGCUGAUGGUCUCUGUCAAAUGGCAUUUGAGCAAGUUGUGACAUGGUCUCCUUCCUCGGGAAAUUGACUGGAAAGCAAAUCUAUCACAUGGCAUUUGAACUCAUGUUUUGUUUUGUAAAUCCCUGGUAAUGUUAAUAUUUGUUCACUUAAAUUAAAUGUGUACUGACUAUUUUA